UUCGCUGGUGAUAAAAAAAAAAAAAGAAAAGUGUGCAGAAGAGGAGUUCAAAGCGCGCGCGUUGUUGGAGAAGCUAAUUCGCAUUUUGGAUUUCCAUUCCAUGUAUACGAGGAGAAUCAACAUAUGAAGGUCGCCGUUGGUGAAGCCGCCGCGGAAUUCGUGCUCUUACUGCAAUCCAUGAGUUUUGUGUUUAGAUUAUGCCCCUGCUUGAAGAGGAGGUUCAAGGCCAACGCCGCCUCUGAUUCUCCCCAUCCUCAACCACCCAACGAUGUUGCCGACACGUGGGACCUGUUCUUCGACCUCCACACUCUGCAGCUAGCCACUAACUUCUUCUCCGAGCUGAACCAGUUAGGUCAUGGAGGUUUUGGUCCUGUUUACAAGGGGUUGAUGCCAAAUGGUCAAGAAAUAGCCGUGAAGAAGCUGUCUCUAGAAUCAAGACAAGGAGUUAGAGAAUUUACCAAUGAGGUCAAACUACUGCUGAGAAUUCAGCAUAAGAACUUGGUUACAUUAUAUGGGUGUUGUGCUGAAGGACCUGAAAAGAUGCUUGUUUAUGAGUAUCUUCCAAACAAGAGUCUUGAUCACUUUCUCUUUGAUAAAGGAAAGUUACCAUCUCUGGACUGGGCAACACGAUUUAGAAUAGUUACAGGUGUGGCAAGAGGACUUUUGUACUUGCAUGAAGAGGCCCCGAUAAGAAUCAUUCAUAGAGACAUCAAAGCCAGUAACAUUUUGCUGGAUGAGAAGUUAAGUGCAAAAAUUUCAGACUUUGGCCUAGCAAGACUAUUUCCUGGGGAUGACACUCAUGUGCAGACAUUUAAGAUUUCUGGUACACAUGGUUACAUGGCUCCUGAAUAUGCAAUGCGUGGAUAUUUGUCUGUGAAGACAGAUGUUUUCAGUUAUGGAAUCUUGGUAUUAGAAAUUGUUAGUGGGAGAAAAAACCAUGACCGGCUACUUGGUGAAGAGGAGGCAGAUCUGUUGAGCUAUGCAUGGAAGCUAUAUCAGGCGGGAAAGAUAAUGGAUUUAAUUGACACAAGCCUCGCCAAAUACAAUGGUGACGAGGCAGCGAUGUGCAUUCAGCUGGGUUUGCUGUGCUGUCAAGCAAGUAUAUCAGAAAGACCUGAUAUGAAUGCUGUUCAUCUGAUGCUCUCAAGUGAUUCGUUCACUUUGCCAAGACCUGGUAAACCAGGAAUUCAAGGCCGUGUAGGACGUUGGACUACGACCUCAUUAUCUGCUUUCACCAAUACUAAUGCUACUAGUGCGACCAAGGCUUCUGGGGGAACUAGUAUGAUAGACGACUAUUCUAGAAAUUCUAUCUCUACUUCUUCCUUUGAUGAAGGAAGAUAACAUCCAUUCUCAUUCUGUAAAGAUUUUAUGCCAAGGUAUUCUUUUUGUUAUAUUGUAGAUAUUAUAGUAAAAUAUGAUUUGAUAAAUCUGAUUGCAUAGGA